AACGUCGUGUAACCGGCGCGCGUUCUGGACGCGUUCGGUUUUACGUGGCACCUCCGAUGUUGAUAUUGUGCACAGCUACAAAUUAAAAUGUCGGGUAUCGUAAGAGAUGGAUGGUUUAGCGAACGAGACACGUUCUGGCCAGGUCAGGCUCUCUCAAUAAAAGUGGACGAGAUCCUAUACGACAAGAAAUCAAACUUUCAAGACAUUCUCGUUUUCAGAAGCAAUCGUUUUGGGACUGUUCUUGUGUUGGAUGGUGUUGUUCAGUGUACGGAGUUGGAUGAAUGUUCAUACCAGGAGAUGAUAAGUCAUGUACCACUUUUCAGUCAUCCUAAUCCACGGAAGGUUCUUGUCAUUGGUGGUGGUGAUGGAGGAGUGAUACGUGAGGUCGUGAAGCACCCAGAGGUUGAAGAAGUAAUUCAAUGUGAAAUUGAUGAGGAUGUUAUACAAGUUAGCAAGAAGUUCUUACCUAGUAUGGCUGUAGGAUAUAGCAGUAGCAAGCUUGUGCAACACAUUGGUGAUGGACUGGCUUUCAUGAAAGAGCAGAGAGGACAAUUUGAUGUAAUUAUAACUGAUUCAUCAGAUCCUGUCGGCCCAGCACAAGCUUUAUUCACUGAUGAUUAUUACAAGUUGGUGAAGUCAGCAUUAAAGCCUGAUGGAUUGGCUUGUUCCCAAGGCGAGUGUUACUGGCUGCACUUACCGCUGAUCAAGGAUAUGCUGCAAUUCUCUCGAGGUCUGUUUCCCGUUGUCAACUACUGCAGUACUACUGUAGCAACCUAUCCAUGUGGACAGAUUGGAUUUCUACUCUGCAGCAACAAUUCCGUGACCCAGUUUGAGAAACCGCUCCGACAUUUGUCUGAUCCGAAAUCUAUGAAUCUGAAAUGGUACAGCCCUGAGAUGCAUAUGAAGUCAUUUGUUAUGCCACAGUUUGUCAAGGAGGCACUGCUAAUGUAACUAUUGCAGUCCAUGUUUUUCACCAAAGUUCUGGCAACAGUUUUAUGUGUGAAUUAUAAUUUAUUGUUCAGUAUAGGUGCAUGUGCAGGUGAUCAAAAGGAUGAAGUUGUGAGAUUUUGUGUUACUGUAGCAAGUGACUGUGACCUAUUAGAGACACAUUAAACAAGAAAUACUAAAUGUUUGUGAAAUGUAUUGGUUAUGGCCACAUAAUAGUCUUGGCGUAAUAAUAUUAACUGAUGUUCAGCA